GGCGAUUAGAUGUACGAGAGAGUGGGGAUGAUGAUGAGGGGAGAUUAUCGCUGUAGUGUCUCGUCUCAAGUUGUUGGUGGAUGCUGACCACCUUUUGGUGGUUCUUUUUUAUUCACCUUGAAUACUCAAGCUCCGGUUUUUAUCAUCGGGGGAUUGAGUGCUGCUGAGGAAUAAUUCACGGUGAUAUGGGGCCGUUGAUUAUUUUAAAAUAGGGUGGAAGUGGUGAUAAUCAUGGAGGGGCAGGAGGGAAAGGGCCGAUCAAGGGCCUCAUCAACAUCAAGCUAUGGCAGAGAAGUGCGAUGCGGUUGUCAAUAUUUCCAGAGUGACUCAUUGCUACCAGAAAGACGAGCGAUGAUGAUGAGACCCUCGUCCAGAAAUGCCAAUUCAAUUAUUGAAUCUUCUGGUGCUUGUGAUCAUGAGUAUGAGCCGAUUGGUGCUGCUUUGGUACCGAGGACAAUGGCCUCUGCUACGGCGCCCGUCGUCAGGAUCAUCGACACUGACGUCGUCCCCGUCGCUGAUAGCGAUGACAGCAUUGACGUGAAGGGACGAUUUACACCUGGUCCUGUACUUGAUGAUGAUGAUGUCGUGUUGCCGCUUGAUGGACAGAUUGAGGACAACGCUAUGGAAGGUAGAGAGCUUGGGAGUGGUGAUACCUCUGAAGAUCUUGAGCAUGAAACUGCACAGCAACUGCAGGAUCGACUUGAAGAGCAAUUCCUCAGGGCUCCCACACCUGUCACUGAAUCCAGAACUUAUGGCGAAGUCAAUACCAGUCAGGUGGACUCUUCGGUGAUGGAGGAGUUACCACAGCAUCGUGGUGCUCGUGGUUUUCCCGAGCGUUUGCGCUCUCAAGCCGGUAAACUACGUUCCCGCAUAAAAGGCAUUCAGCGACCCAAUUUUACUCUACCAAUCGAACGAAAGAAAUCGCCAAAAGCGGGGUCAUCGGACCGAUCAAAAUCCUCUGAUAAAACAAGAUCAUCCGAGAAAUCAAAGUCUCCAGAGGGGACGAGUAAACGUGAAUCUAGGAAAGAUAAACCGAGCAGAAUAGAUCGAAUAAGAUCAUCACUACCAGACCGACCAAAAUUCUCACUCCCCGACAGAUCGAAAUUCCCGAACUUUCCAAAAAUGCCUAGCAAAUCGAGCUUUCACCUGCCACAUUUACCUGGUAGACGUAAAACACCAAGCCUGGGGGAGCAACAGCGUCAGCACUCGAGUGAAUCAACGACAGAAUCAAGACGAAAUAUUUUUGACUUCUCCACAGUGCCAAGACUCUUCGAUCGAAAGUCAAAGGAGCACGGUGAGUAUGCGACGUCAUCCCCAAAGGAAUCCAGGGCCCAGUCAUCCGAGAGCACGACCUUACCAAGAGUUAAAAAGUCCAAAACGUCAUUUGGAAGUCGAUGGACUGCUCGUUUCACGGACAUCAAGCUCAAAGACGAGGAGGAGGAGAUGGAAAAGCCAUGGAGACACCCUAAUCUGGAGAAGCCACGACUCUCCUUGCACGGACAAGAAUCCGUCGAGGACCCAGAACCAAUAGCGUGGAUUGACGAACACCGAACUAGUCUCCAAGACGAAAGACUACCCUACGACCUGCAUGGAUCAAAAUCAGAGAUAAUCGAUGAGGCGACAAUCCCCAAGUUAUCAAAAAUCAUUCACCAUGACUCCGAGGAAUCCUACGAACCAGAACCACCGCAGAUCGAUCCGAGAAUGUACGGGGAUCAAGAAAUCGCUCGUUUGGAAAGAGAAGAACUGGAGCGAGAAGCUUACAGAGUCUCAUUUGGAGCUGUUGAUCCUCACGAUCGCCACAAGAAACGAUUUCCAUCCUCCGAGGGACGAGAUUCGGACGAGGAUGAAGUAGACCUAGACCAGGAACCAGAAGCAGAGGAAGAUCAUUACUCCACUGAACCUGAGGACGAAUCCGCUCCUUCAGACCGAGAGCAACAGCCAUCGAGUGGAAGUUCCUACGAAAGAAGACGCCGUGGCGUAAUCGAGGAGAUCGAUUCAGACGAAAUUUUUGUGAGAAUGAAGGGAAUCAGUCAGGACGACAUGACAGUGGCUAAAUACCUGACAUCAGAGAUACGAGAGGUCUUGAGAGGACCAGGAAAUGCACUAGCUGAUGCGGUAAUUAUUCUCGAUUCUCCUCCACAACCGCCACCCCGACGACCAGCUCGCAAGAGAAAUCUCCAGAAACGAAAGGAAGAAACGAGAGAAUCACUGGAAUCCAUCGAGAAUAUCCCCCCCAACAGACCUAAACGAAUCUUACGGAGAAGCGCAGAGUCAGAUUAUGGAUCCAAUAUCCUCGACAACUCGGACAGUCUCUCAGGCUCUCAUCAUCGUAUUGUCUAUCACGCUGAAUCAGCACCGAUGGAUCUUAGUCACGUGGAGCCCCUGGAUGACAUAAUCGUGGUCAAACCACUCCGAAGAAAAUCAAGAUCAUCUCUGAGAAGCUCUUCCCUAAUUCCUUCUGAUCCAAUUAUUGAAGUUUCCCCGGAAGUAUCUCCUCCACCGAUUCCCCAAAGACGUAAAAGACGUGCACAAGAGACAAUACAGCUGGUGAAUGCAGCAGAGUCUUACAAUGGCCGUCGCACACCCGAUCUCGAGACCUGGAGGAUGGAGAUUGUAAGACCGCAGUCGGAGCCUCCAGUGAAGCCUGCGAGAAUGCCAAGUAAAGAGGCAGUGAAUAUAAUUACGCAAGUAGAAGACGAUUACAUUGAGCCACAAUCAAAAUUCGAACUUGAGUUGGAAGUGGAACAGGUUCCAGUCCCCCCGAAGAGACGUUCAAGAUCGAGAGGAACAUCAAUAUUCCAGGAUGAUGAUAUCAUUUCACGAGGUGCUGAGUCCCUGGAUGUGGCCUACAUAGAUGAUGAAGAAGAGGAUCAUGAAGUGAUGUCGAAAGAUAAUGACGCGGACUCACGGGGGGAUUUUCCGGGUUACGCAGUUAUUGAUAAACGAGAGAAGCCUCCGAGGCCGCCGCCUCCUAGAAGACGGAGGAAUAAAUUUGCGACAACACCGAGACGAUCGUCAGGGCCUUUGAGACCUCAGAGGGCCUACAGCACACUCCGUCCAAGAUACGAUCGUCCGGAGGAUGAUCGGGUGACGCCUUACGAUGAGAUUGACCCCGAGGAGGUGAAUGGUCUGGAGGAUAUCGAUGGAGAGCACCUCCGGGAACUCAUGAGUGGUCAAGUGAUGAUGAAAAUGGCAGGCAGACCCUUGCCACCUCCACCUAGACCUGUCCGCACUAAAGGAAAGGAUAAACUGCAGACACCAGAUGAUGAACAAGAUUUGUCUACUUACGCCUCUUUCACACAGACUGAUCCCCUGCCUGAUGACAUGGUCAUUGAGGAGGAAAUCAUCCAAGCCAGAGCUGUCAUAACUCCUUCGUUAACAGGAUCUCAAAUUCUUGUAUCAACUGAGAGAAUUCCAACUCCACGUCCAUUUCACAUCACAGCGAUUUCCCACGAAGAAAUACCAAAUCUAGAUCAUGAUGUUUUGAGAGGAACAUCGACAAGAUCAGAGCCUGAGCUAGCGAGAGAGCGAAGGGAUGAAACACCUGAGAUGAAUUUUGAUGUUCCCGAUGUACCACCACUUCCAGUCGCGAUUACUUCAUCCGGUAUUCCAGAUGAGGUGCCACCGCAGAGACCACCGAGAACCAGAAGCCAGAGUCUCUCAGUACGAGAGGAAGACACUCAUGAUCCAAGAAUUACAACGAUUGAGGAGCUAGAGGAGAGAUUAACGGCUUUACUCACCAGUGAGACAUUUAAAAUAGCUAAUCUAGAAGUUGGCGAUUUACGUGUGGAUAAAUUGAGUGUUUCAACGUUGGAGGCACAUAAAAUAGCUGUCUCGGAAUUGGAUGCUAUUGUUGUGUCAGCGUCAGAGAUUACUUGCGCUGAGGAUGAUGAGCCUGUGAUUAAUCCUUCGUUAUUGAGAGAAUUGGUAGCAAUUAGGAAUCAAUUGGAAGCCGUUGCGGCUUCUCAGCCUCAAUCCUCACCUGGAACUCCAUUUAGAGCGCCUGAGGAUUCCCUAAGUGACUCCAAGACUGAAUCAACGGUGAUCGAAGUUAAGGAAUUAAGAGGAGGAUCUCCAAAGCUCGAUCAAUUGCAACUAGAGCCCCUAACAAAAUCCAUGGAAACUCGUGCAUUGUACUCGAGUAAAGGAUCCGAACAAGUGCCUGUUAAAGAGAUUCAGCAUCCAGAGGAGUCGAGCAAAGAAUUAUCAGCGACAUCAUCAAGACCAACGUCCAGGGCAGAAUCUCCAGUCCGAACCACCACAACAGGUGCAUUAAUUAGCAGAGAAACUGCAUCACCAGUUCGAUCUCUUCCUCCAGCUAUUUCAGUCACUCCAGAUACUGUGGAGCCUUCACCGCCUCAGAAUGCACCUAGUGCACCUCACAAGAAAUUCGAAACGUCCGAAUCAAAACCACAACGCGCAACGAUAUCGUAUUCACCAGAAACUUCACCGGAAUAUCCAGAAUCACCAGAAUCUCUUGAGCGUUCAUCACCAAUACCACCACAGUUUAUCGCAUUUCAGACAUCACAGAUACCCUCUCAAUUUUUUACCCUCUCGCAACAAUUUCAAACACCCCAACCACCUUCUAACUCUGGAAAUGAUGAGCCAGGCGUUAUUGAUAUGACCCAGCAGUUAUUACGAGCACUGAGACUAGUUGGUAAACGUGCAAUGCGUCAUUUCGUGAGUUACGUUGUUUCCAGAGUUAGUCAGGAAGAGACCGAGGCAAAGAUCAGGGAGGUGGAGCUCACACUUUGUGCACUUCUGCUGAUCAUUGCUGGCCUUCUAAUUGUCUGUUUUGCUGGGCCCAGAACAAUCACUCAUCAUCAUCACUGGGAUUACUUCAAUCCACCACGGCUGUAGGAGCAUGCUUUUGGUAAAGGAGACUCCAAUUAUCGACAUGAUGAUUAAUUUGUUUUUUUGAUAAUUAUGUAGUCGACUCGCACCGGAAAUUCUUUAUAGUUCCCCGGCGGGGACUAUGGUAUCUCGAAAAAAUCGAUGCAAACACAAAAAGUAAUUUGAGAAUUACUUU